AUGAUGCCUCCAUCAGACUCUUUGCGACAUCACCUACAUAAGCUCGCUGAAGUCCGGGCAAAUCGCAAUGUUUCUUCUAUAUCUACCUCUACCUCUCCUACCUCUACUUCUACUUCCACUCCAGGCACAGCCCCGCCUCCAUACACAUUAUCUGUCACCAGACCCAGUGGCACAACUGUCAUGAGCGUCGAUCAGCACGACAUGGACGACCCGUGGGCCUCCCCAAUCAAUAUUUACAUUGACAACUCCAUCACUGUAACUGGUGAUGAAAACACUAUUACCGUGUCGUCUCCUGGAUCUGAUUCUUCCACUGAUCCAACUCACCACGAGGCCCAGACAUCUCCUCGCCUCACCUCCGUCGCGGCUGUCAUCAUCGCUGCGCUGAAUCGCGCAAAUGCCCUUAACGAUGAUAUGGGCUAUCCUCGGCCCAUCAACAUCCGCGCUCACGCGGGCAUUCGGGUGAGUGGCCGAAACAACACCAUCUCCGUCGUGGGCGAGGUCUAUAAGUCUUAUUCUGAGACUGUUAACCCCGGAGCUGGAGAAAGCAACAGGCGCAAGCGUCGUGCCAGCUCGGUUCGUACUCUACUUCGUAAAAAGAUCCUCAAGAAGCUUUAUCACUGA